GCACUGCGGUCACACCGCUCGCCUUCAGUUGUCAAAAAGUAACGGAGCUUUCCCGCCCAGUCCAAUUUCGUCAAGUGUUUUUUUCGUUUUUUACAAUAACUAUUAUUGUUUUGUCUUACAAUGAGCUUGCAGGACGAGAGUUUUCCGUCCGACGAAUUGUUUGAGCAGCUUAACAGCCGAGUCCCGCGGACCAAGUUCUCUGAGCUCCAUCAGCCAGCCGCCUUCGAAAGGCAUCCGGCGCCAUUUUGCGACUCCUACACAGAUGUGGCCGACAAGAGCGGCAACACGUGCGUCAGCGAUCCCGUGGGUCGCCACGAGGCGGAGGAUGAGGACGAGGAGAAGAUCGAAAAUGAUGUGUACGAGUUACGCGGUGGCCGCGGCGGGCGUGGCAGCAUGGCGGCGUCUUGCCAGGAUGUCCACUCAGCGUACACCAAGCGAAAGUACCAGCAUGUGACCAGCAAGGUGGCCAAGUACAUCAGUGACCUCAACGACCAGAAGAAGCGACGCAGCACAGCGGGCUCCAUUCAGCGUCACAGCUCCAUGCCGGAGUACCUCACACCCAAGUCGCGGGCUCGCCACGGUGGUGGUCACUUCAGCGUCGAUGAGUUGCAUCAAAUGGAAGAGGAAGAGUCACCUAAGGCCUCCAAGGACAGCAGCUGCGUCGAUUACGAGAUGCUGCAGAACGAGCAUGAGAUGCUGCGGAACGAGAACGAAGCCAUAAGAGAAGAGAAGGAACGACUCCAGUCCUAUAGCGACUACCUUCAGGAACGGCUAGACGCCAAGCAAAGCCAGUUCGUGCAAUUGAAGCGCAACUUCGAGACGCUGCGCACCGAGUUGAGCGAUAAGGAUGAGAAGCUGAAGCGCCAUCAGAGAAACUCACUGCGCGCCCUUAAUAACUGGCCACCGCCGGUCAUAGCCAAGGCCACGCAGACGGAUAUGAUCGAGUUAAAGUCUAUUCUCAAGAGCAAUAACCUUGUGAGGCCGCCUCCAAGCUUCGAUCUGUCGUACAACACCAGCGAGGGCUCCAUCGAGAUGGCCCUGCCCACCGGGGAGUCUCUAGUUAGCCCGCUGAAUCCUGGCAACGAAUCGGAGGCCAGGACAACAGCAGCGCCCAACAGCUCGGAAUCAAGCCAACCCAGUAGCAACGACUCGGCCAUCGAUGUGGAGAACCACGGCCUCCGUAUGGGCCUAUACUAUGUCGACGAGCGCCGCAACCGGUUCAUGCAGAUACAGGGCGUAAGCAUGGACAACCAAGGAUAUGCUUGGUUACGUCCCAAGCGGAUAUCGCUUGGCAGCCGCAUGCUGCGCAUUUUUGGGCCCUGCGUUUCGUGCAGUGACAACGGUCAGGGCCAGGCGCUGAAUGUCACCUACGCUUCAGAACAACCGCUGCUGGAGGAGGGGAUGGUCAGCCAAAGGAUCCAACGCUGAUCGCUGGUUCAAUGCAUCUUUGCAUUAAGUUAUUUGUAUUUUUUAUUAUUUUUAUGUUCAUAUGUACUCAGUAUUCCUCAUUUCGUUCAGUUAGAAGGUAUUUGGUUAACCAAUAUGUAUAUUCAUGUAGAAGCUAUUUAUUAAACGCUUGUCGCAUUUUA